AUGACCAACGCGGCAGAAGCAGAAGCUGCGGCAGCAGCAACAGGGCCUAGUCCCCUUGGCCAGUGGCCAUGGAAACUCCCGGAUUCCCCAGAUCCUUCCUUAUGGUCUGCUCAGGGGGAAGAACUGGAGCGUUUGUGUCUGGUAGAGAGGCAGACACAUGCGAGACUUAAGAACCUGCGGUCUCUGCACACACCUGAGAUCCAAGGUGACCUCGGGAGAGCAGCAGCAGAGCUCCUCAAACCCCAGUGCAAAACGAUUGCUAUUCUCGUCGGAAGCUGCACAAAUACGAACAUGUGGCCUCCCACUGACACUGAUGGGCCAGGGGGGGCGUGUGCUCUCGCAGCAGCCCUUUGGAGGCUGCACAAACGCGUAAUUAUCCCCGCUAAUCUCAACCGAGGAGCCCUCAGUCCCCUAGUAGAAAGACGUGAAAAGCGUCGAGGAAACUUUGCAACGCGAGUUCACACUAAAGAGGAUAGCGCCUUUCAACUUCAAGCCCAAUAUUUGGUCGCAGACGAAGUAAACGCACCCCAAGUGGUGCCAGCAGUAGAGGCUAGCCUUGUGUGGGCUCUUCAUCGGCAGGCAACGGAGGAAUGCGAUAAAGUAAGCCGUCCUUCUGGAUUGAGGCCUGGUCGCGGCAAGGAGGGCGAGUACUGGAGUCCUAGCUUGACGAGCACCACGCUGUGGCAGGCAGACUUCUCUCUGCUCUUCGAGUGGGCAGCUGAGCCAAAUGUCGCCCAAAAGACUACAACCACCACCAUCGGAUGCUUGGGUACUCCCAAUCUCACCCCAAAGCUCGAACUGCCGUCCAAAGAAACGGCGACUUGCCGAUACUGUCUCUCUUGCAGAGGCAGACCUCCACAGCCUAAGCACUUGAGCCCCAGCUAUAAAAUCAAUGCAGCACACCCCCUGGCUGUAAAAUUAGUGCAGCACACCCCCAGGAACGAACUCGGAAUGGGGCGCAUAAAGGAGGCCGUGAAGGAGAAUGUUGAGGACGGCGAGUGGCUCGCCAAUGAUGCGCCCGCUGACUACACCAUCAUCGCGACAACUGCGAACUAUGGCGCGUACGGCCUCACCACGAUCUAUGAAUUUAAGCCGCGCUUGUCGAAGCCGCAUGCAGCAGCAGAGGCCGUAACGGAGAGGCCUCAACAGCGUUUCUGCAUAUGGGCUCUUGGUGUAACGGCAGCCCCUGCAGUGCCAGAAGCCGCAGCACUUUAG